AAAUCUUGUCAUGUGACGUCACAGGGUCAUUUAGCAGGUGCUCUGGUAAGAGCAACUCGGUUAAAGUUUUCAUCAGACAUGCGUCAUAGAUGUAUAUAGACCACACCGAUUUUGACUACCACCAUCGAUCAGUCACAACGUUGCAAUCAAGAAGGUAAUAUCCUCGUGUGACCCAGGCUGACACACGCCAACAUGGGCGAUGGCACGUUGUUCUCCACUAUGGACCUCUUCAUCCUAUCGGCCGCAGGGGGAAUUGCAAUCUAUUGGUUCUUUUUUCGAAAAAAGAAAGAAGAGGCACCAACAUUUAAACGUCUCACAGUUGUGCCCCAAGCAAAAAAUACUCCAGAUCCCAGCUUUAUUAAUAAGAUGAAAAAUACAAACCGCAAUGUGGUGGUAUUUUACGGCUCUCAAACAGGCACAGGCGAGGAGUUUGCCAAUCGUCUGGCGAAGGAUGCGAGCCGGUACGGGAUGAAGGGCAUGGUGGCCGACCCUGAGGAGUGCGAGAUGGAGGACUUGACACGGCUGAAUGAGAUUGAAAACUCCAUGGUCAUAUUCUGCAUGGCAACUUAUGGCGAAGGUGAUCCCACAGACAAUGCCCAGGAGUUCUAUGACUGGCUACAGAGUGGUGAUGCUGAGCUUAAGGGUAUAAAGUACGCUGUGUUUGCUCUGGGGAACAAGACGUACGAGCACUACAACGAAAUGGGGCGCUAUGUGGACACUAGACUGGAGGAGCUCGGGGGCUUCAGAAUCUUUGAACACGGAGAGGGGGACGAUGAUGCCAACAUUGAGGAAGACUUUGUGACUUGGCGUGAGAAGUUCUGGCCAGCUGUGUGUGAACACUUCGGUGUACAGCCUACGGGAGACGAUGUCAGUGUUCGACAGUAUGCAUUGAAGGAACACGAAGAUCUGCCUAAAGAGAAGAUCUUCUCGGGAGAAAUUACCAGACUCAAUUCCUUUAACCUGCAGAAACCGCCAUUUGAUGCCAAGAAUCCAUUCCUAGCACCUAUAAAAGUCAACAGGGAGCUCCACAAGGGCGGAGGACGGUCGUGUAUGCACAUUGAAAUCGAUAUCACUGGAUCCAGGAUCAGGUAUGAGUCCGGAGACCAUGUGGCUGUGUAUCCCAUCAAUGACCCUGAGCUGGUAGAAGCUAUUGGCAAGAGGCUGAAUGUUGAUCUGGAUCAAGUCAUCACUCUCACAAAUGUUGAUGAGGAGGCCAGCAAGAAGCACCCCUUCCCCUGCCCCUGCUCAUAUCGUACUGCCUUGUCCCACUACCUCGAUAUCAUCAGCCCCCCUCGUACUCACGUCCUCCGUGAGCUCUCUGAAUACGCAGAAGAUGAGAAAGAUAAGGCGUUCUUGCAGAAAAUGCUGGCACCUACAUCAGAAGGCAAGGCCCUCUACAGUGAGUGGGUCCAGAAGGACCAUCGAUCCAUACUGGCCAUCUUGGAAGAUCUACCAUCCCUCAAGCCUCCCAUAGACCACAUAUGUGAACUGUUGCCACGGUUACAAUCCCGUUUCUACUCCAUCUCAUCCUCACCAAAGGUUCACCCACAGAGUAUACACAUCACCGCUGUACUAGUAGAAUACACCACCAAAGCAGGACGCUUGACGAAGGGCGUGGCCACAAACUGGCUGGCCAAGAAGCACCCAACCGAGACCCUCAAACCCACCGUCCCUGUCUAUGUCCGGAAGUCCCAGUUCCGACUCCCCUUCAAGCCCAGCACGCCCGUCAUCAUGAUCGGACCAGGAACUGGAGUAGCUCCGUUCCGAGGAUUUAUACAGGAAAGGAACUUCUUGAAGCAGGAGGGUAAGCCGGUGGGGGACACCAUCUUGUAUUUCGGCUGUCGCUAUCAGGCCCAGGACUUCAUCUAUGAGGAGGAGCUGAAGGACUACCAAGCCAAGGGAAGUCUGAGCAAGAUCUACACGGCAUUCUCCCGGGACCAAGAGAAGAAGGUCUACGUCCAGAACCUUAUAGAGCAGAACAUGGCAGAGUUCUGGGAGGUUUUAGAGAAUGGAGGUCACGUGUAUGUGUGUGGUGAUGCGAGGAACAUGGCGAGAGAGGUUCAUAGCUUACUGGAGAAGAUCAUCAUCGAGAAGGGCAACAAGGAUAAAGCUAGUGCUGCAGAUUACAUCAAGAAAUUACAAUCCAAGGGCCGCUACUCCUGUGAUGUAUGGAGUUGAACCGUUCGACAACACACCUACUUCAGUUUGAUCAAUGCAAGUUCCAAUCCAAAGCACCAUCAUCACGAGUGGAAUCAUGUUGUCUCGUACCUAGUCGGACCACAGAGUUUAUGGAGAUUGGGACGUUUCCAUGGUUGCUGACCCAAUUUUGUUACCAAAAAUUAUUCAGGCUUAUUAGAUUAAAAUUUUGUUUCUCAUGAACUGCUGCCCUUAAAAUAACCACUGAUCCAUUUCUUAUUAUAUUUCUAAGCCUUGUUCAGGGACAAUUUAUUUUAAGUCAAAUUUCGUUUUUGCACCAGAAUCCAACUUUUUGCACUAACAUUUCAAAUUAGUAGCCAUGGUUACCCUGACCUGAGGCACUGUCCCUCUAUUCACUGCAGGCAGUAAGGGGCUUAACUAAAGAGGCUGCGUUGGAUAGUAGAAUCAAGUUUACCAUGUGUUUACUUUUAUGGAUUUCUAACAUGAGUCCAGAACAAAAACAUUUGACAAUGAAAUGCUGUUGUCAGAUUUUAGAUUUAUAAUAUUUAUAAGGACCCAAACAAGGCAAAGAUUUUUUAUUUAUUUUAUCACCUGCUGAUCUAAAUCCAACUUUAAGAUGAUUACAUAAAUCAUGUACAAUGCAUUUUAUUUAAUUUAUUGUUUUGACCUAACAACCAAAGGUUACACUCCUGAAUUCCGUAAAAAAAAUAAGUCUGACCUGAUAAAAAAUUAAAUUCUUUUUAAGAAUCUUACCUACCCAGUCAGUUUUGAAAAAAGUCAUGAGAAACAGGAAUGUUAUUUUAACUGGCCUAAAGAUUCAUCAAAUAAAACAAUCACUUUGGUGGUACUAUGUUCUAGAAACUGAUGUACUCUAUAUUUUAUAAGAUUUUGCUCCCAAAGCAAUGAAGCCUAAGUAAUGAUUACUCAGUCUUGCUGAAAAUAUAUUUAUUAAAGCCAGACAAAAUAUCAUUUCUUGUUAAACAUUAUGACUUAUUUUGCUCACAAAGCAAUGAAGUUUAAAUAACAAUUUCUCACAAUGUUGCUUAAAAUGUAUUUAUUAAAGCCAGACAAAAUAUUAUUCCUUGUUAAACAUUAUGACAAAGAUUACAUUUUGUAUUUAAUAGAUAGAAACCUGCUGUUCGUGUAGUGUCAUUUAUGUUGUUAUAGUUAUUUUCUGCAGAGUAGCACAGUUGCCGAGUGGCUAUGACACCAUUAUUCAUUAGGCAGAGUUGCCUCCCAUAGAAGUGAAAGGAUCUGCUGAUUUGACCUGCUUAUAUUCCAUGGUCUUUCAGCAAAACUUACAUCCUCGUGCUAAUGGGUUUCAGCAAAGGGGUAAACAUCUACAAGCUAUGUCAUCUGUGGCCUUCCUCCCACACCAAGCCGAUACACCUGGAUAUGACUGAAAUACUGAUCAAAGUGGCAUUCAAAUUGAGCUCACUCACUCUUCUUUUCAGAAUGAAUUAACUGUUGUCGUUAAAAUAUAUAGACCAGGAUUCAGCCUAGCCAUGGGGGAAAAUAUUUGAAUAAUAUUUAAUAGAUAUUUAUUUCCUUAAAACCUUCCUCAAUGGUCGAUAUGAACACAAAAUUUGACCCUUCUAUAUUUAGUUAGAAAAUAAUUGUAAAAAGGAUUACUCGUGGUAUGUGAAAAUAAAUAUUUUUAAUUUAUCUAUUUUGUCAUUUAUCAUUUUGGUGAAAUGGUACAAGAAUGUUUAAAGAUUUAUAGUGUUUACAUGAACAUGAAAUGAUGCACACACUGCUUGGAAAUAUGCAAUAAAACGUCUAAGUAGUGAGUGAGUGAGUUUCUUUUUUGCUGUUUGUAGCAUUAUUUUAUCCAUAUCACCCUGGGUCGCACCAGAAUUUGAAUUAUUGUACCCAUGUGGGGAUUCGAACCUUUGCCCCUGUUACACAAAGUAAUCUUUACACUACAAUUGUUGAAAAUCUAUGUUAAAGUAUUGGAGUUAGCGCUAAGAUCGCUUUGUGGAAUGGGGCCUGGUCUUGAACCUGAUGAAGACAGAAUCACUUGGAUUCCCUCCCCAUCAGUGUCAAGGUUGAAGAUUCUCACACACCAUGAUUCCACUGCUUGAGGCCAUUUACAUGGAACAUUUACACAUAUAGCAUCUUGUAUUUCUGUAGUUUUUUAUUCUGAAACAUAUGCUCAUAUUAUGAUUGAAUGUCAGGGACAGGCUUUACAAACUGUUGUUCAGGCAAAUUUAUGUGAGUAUUUUGUGUACUGACAAACAUUAAAACAUGCAAUUUUCUGGUUUCUAUGGACCUGGCAAGAAGGCUUUCCUGUCUAUUGAAAUAUGAAAUUGGCAUGUCUAAAUAUGUUAUGUCCUGCAUACACUGUCUUUGAUUAAACACAUUUGAUGACAAGUUGAUAUACCGUAACAACCGUAAUAAGCACCCUGGGCGCUUAUUUAAAAUAUACAUGUUAUUAAAUAAGUUAAAUUUGUUGCCAGUGGUCAAACAGUACUGAACAAAAUUAAUUCGAACAUCAGUGAAACUAACAUGUUUUUGAUAAUAAUUACUAGUCAAUUAUAUACACAUUCUAUGCUGCUGUCUUCUUUUAAAAAAGGGGCGGUCGGGUAGCCUAGUGGUUAAAGCGUUGGCUCGUCACGCCGAAGACCCGGGUUCGAUUCCCGACAUGGGUACAAUGUGUGAAGCCCAUUUCUGGUGUCCCCCGCCGUGAUAUUGCUGGAAUAUUGCUAAAAGCGGCGUAAAACCAUACUCACUCACUCACUCACUCUUUUAAAAAAAGCCUUAAUAUAUUCAAAAUUAUAUGGACUGUCAAGUUGUUUAAUGAUGCUUAUUGGAACAAGGUGUUUAAUACAGUUAAUAGGGCAUUGAUGUUGCACUACAGAAGCCAUAGCAAGUAACCAAUGCCAUGUUUUGUAAGUUAAUUUUUUACCCUUUCUGGUGCUUUUCCAUGGUAUGAUAUGACUCUGUGCCUUAAGGCUUAAAAAAAUAAAAGAAUUGGUUCUCGGACAAUGUUUUUUUUAAAAUAUAGUGCAUGCGGCCAGUGUCUAUUUUUCAUUUUUUCUUUGCUUGUUCAAACUAGUAUGUAAUCAAAUAAACAGUUAUGUAACCAAAGAAACAGUACAAUCAACCUGGGAAAGGGCCUCCCUACAUAUAUGUAUUCCUUGAGUAAAAUACUGGAAUACUGAAUAUUUUAGUAUUUUUUGUUUUUGUGUGGCAAACUUUAUGAUAAUGCAGGCAGUCCCUGAGAACCAAGACUUAUUUUUUUUAGCCUUAGUAACAUAUUUUCCAUGUAAUUCUUCAAUCAAAGAAUCUGUGUUCCUUGUUUCAAAUGAGGAAUUAAGUGCUGUUUGGAAAAAGAAUUUGGUUUAAGACCAAUUAUUGUGAAUUUCUAAAGGAUAGGGGGGGCACGGGUGGCUGAGUCAUCUAAGGCGCCGCGAUUUGCUGUGCAGAGUUGUGUCCCUUGGGCACGCUAGAAACCUAUGAUUGUGGGUUUGAAUCCCCGUUUACCCUGAUUAUAUUUCUAGGUUUGUCAGCACAAUACCUGUGCUCCUGGGCUUCACCAAAGUGGUAAACAUCAUUUUGGGCUUUCCUCCCACAUUAAGCUGACUUGCCGUAAUAUUACUGGAAUACUGUUAAUAGGGGCGUUUAACCCAAUUUACUCACUCUAAAGGAUAAGAUGGAUAUUAUGUUGUGAAUGUAGUUUCUUUUCAUUAGGUUUUAACUGCAUUCAGAUCUUUGGAUAUGUUUUAGCAUUGCAUUAAGUCAUUGAGUUUACACACACACACACACAAUUAAUCCAUUCAUUCAGUGGCACUGUCAUAAGACAAGUAUAUUUUGUACAAACAGUUGUAAAUAUACUUUUUGAUGUUUCUCUGGUUGUUAUGGUUACCCAUGGCACCUGUGUGCUCAUCUGUACUGUAUGUAAGAAUGUGUAUAUUUUGAGCUAUUUCAUAAACUGAGCAUGUUUUAUUUGAACUGACACUAGGUUGUCAGGUGAUAGACAUCUGUGAUGUAGAUAGUAGAUUUUAGAGCCCACCAUUAAAAUGGUCAGUCCUGAUGUGGACUUUGUAUGUUUAUUGAAAAUAUAGUAUUGGAUUCCAAAGAUUAUAUAGUCAAGACUGUACAAUCAUAUGGUAGAUCCUUAUGAUGUUAAUCUUCAUUUUUCUUUGUUUAGCAUAGUUUUAUGUUUAGACAAGAUCAAUUAUAUUACUUGUUUCACAGCUAAGAAAUAUAAAAUACUUCAACUGUAAAAAAUAUUUUUAUUUCAAAAUUUACAGGUAUAAUUGACAUCCUUAUUGUCUGGCUGACUUCAGCAAAAACUUCAUUUAAAGUGAAAGGUUAACACUGUGCCCCUCCAAUAAGGAACCACACAAGCUGGGUGUUUAUUAUGCACAAGAAAAUAUGAUAACAGGCACACUGAGUUAGUAAAAAUCUUAAAAUUGUAUGAAGUUAUUUUUUGUACUUUUCAGGCUCAUUCUUUCAGCUAUUUAACAAAAUUAAAUAAAAAUCUGUAAAACAAGUAAUUAGAUUGAUCUUUGUUAUUUUUAUGUGAUGGUGAUUUUUUUCUGAGUGCAGCUCCAAACAAACUACCUGUGACAGUGUUAUAGCAUUCAGUGGCAGAUUUCUGUCAGAUUGUGUGUUAUACCCAGAAGUGAAUGAGUGAACAUAUAAUGUGGCAUCAGCAUUAUUUCAGCAAUAUAGCGACCAUACCAGAAAGAAUGGGGCAUUGCUCAUACUAUCAAUCACUGUUUUUUUCUAUCCAAAUAGCUGUAUUAUUGCUGAUCAACUGAAAUUCAAACAUUACUCUACUUUGCUGAUGGAAUCCCAAAUAUGCUGAAGAUUGAUAGUGAGUUUCCAACCAAUCUCAUUAAAAUCACACCUUCUACUCUGAUAGGAUACCUCUCUGUGUGGAAGUCUGACAUCCCCUCCAUUGGAGGUUGCUUCAGGUGAACUUCCCCAACCAGUGAAUGAAGCAUUCAGAAAUGCAUAUAUUUUUUCUGAAUUGAAAAGGAAUAUGAUCGGGGAGUUUCGAAUGCAAAAACAUAAAGCCAUGCUUUCAUUAUUGUGGAUAUAUCUGCUGCCAUUUCGGAUAUAUCGAGGUGGUAAGGAAAUGUAAUCGUUUUAGAUAAACUGACAUCUGACUGGCUUAGGAUCCCACGCAUCUGGGAGGUCAAAGUUCGAUCAGGAUUCAGCUGAUACAAUCUUUAUGCAGGUGUUGUCAGAUCUUAUGCAGAGAGGUAUGGUAUCAAAGUAAACGAUUGUCAACUCGGCUUAUGGCAAGACUCAAGAUUAUAGAAGCCAUGACAAAGUCUUGCUCAUAUGUCACUCUUAGCUUCAUGGUAUGGCAUGGCAUGGCAGCAGCACGGCUCUUCGGCGUCAGGCAUCAAACACUUUUAUUCAAAUUGUGUUAGUGGUGAAGUAUUUUGCAGUCAGAUUUUGCAGUUUGUUUCGUAACAGGCAGGUAAAGAUUUUGCAGUUUGUUUCGUAAUAGGCAGGUAACGCCAGCCGGGUUGGAUAUGGGGCCUGUUUUGUAAAACAACGAAAAUAGUACAUUUUGAUAAUGAUACAGAAUUCAAUCGCGAAUCGAUGCAUGGGCUGGCGUAUCAUGUAUCGUAUCGCCAAGUAUCAGUUCGAAAUGCAUCAAUAAGUGUUUGAAUUGUGACGCCUCUAUGCCAAGUUUUCUCCAAGAUAUUUUACACGAGCAUAAUGGAAAAUGGUUCUAAUUUUUGCUCCCUUGUGUUCAGUUGUUUGAUUCCAUGUCACAAUUUACGAAAACAUUUUAUUAGGGGGAUUAUUCAUAUCGAAGACGAAAGCUGCCUUAUGUCAACCAAGAAAUAUUUUAUAGCCACAAUCAUGGAAGGGAUUUUAAAAAUCGUUUUAUCAUGAGUUAAUGUUUUGUUUCAUCCUUUUGCACUGGCAAUAUGAUCAUGUAAUGACUAAAAAAAUAAAAUUUAGAUGUCCUAA